AUGGCAUCAACGGCGCCAACCCCGUUUACUUGCACCUUUUGCUUCCAGCCCUCGGACGGCCCCUCACACGUCAUCGGCCGUGAAGCCCGCCUGAGCUGCUCGCCCUGCUACGCCGCGCUGAUCGACCUGGCCAUCUGCUGGGUCUGCGGCGAGAUUGUCUACCGCGGGGACGACUGCCUCAUCUAUCGAGGGGUGUCUGUGCUGGAUCUCUUUGAUGAGGGUCGCGAUGCUGGUGGUGGUGAUAGGAAGAGCAUGGCUGGCAGGGUUGCUGGGACGGAGGGCAAGGGGAAUAUGAAAGAGGUAGAGGCGGUGCCGCUUUGUGCUUCUUGUUGCGUUGGUACGGAGGGGGAGGAUGUUGUGCAGAAGGGCUUGAGGAGGGUUGAGAGGGUUGAUGGUGGACUUGGUCGCGCGAGAUGGGGUGCUGGCGAGGGUAGAGCUGGGCAGUUGAGGAGGGCCCCGGCGUCUAUCCGGUCUCUCAGCCCAGACUCGUCAUCGUUCCGCAGGAUAGGGGACGGAUCCCAUGACGAGAGUAGAGGGUAUCUCGCGACGCCACCUGCCGAGCCUGCGAUAUACGUCUCCAUCAACGAUCCCAUCGGCCAACCUGCGUUCAAACCAAGUCCGACGAAGCCCAUACCGGUAUGGAUGCAGCCUUUCCGGGGCAUUGAGCAAGUAGCCAGAGAAGAGCAAAGAGGAAUCCUCGCGUCUCAUCCUCUAGCUGGCCUCUCGCAGACCCCAGCGACAUCAAUAUCCGGGACCCCUUCGAUGAGGUCGACGAAUUCACUUACACCGACCAUCAGACCAACCACGCCGGUAUGCUCCACCUCCCCGCCGCAAACACCGCCUAGGUCUCGUUCGAUUUGGAUACCGUCUGAGAUUCGACGAGCACCUCCCCUCUCGUGGGUCAGCAAUGAGCCCCUCAAGCGGCCCUCUUCUCGAUUUGCAUCCCGACUCGAGAAGUCGGACACGACGACCUCGUCGGGUUAUGUCACUCCGCCAGAGACGCCCUCUGAGCAGCAGGCGAGGUACAACACCCCGCCGCCACCGCCGCAGCUACGGCGUGUACGACCGCAGAGUCCACUGGUACCUGCUCGCGUCCCACGGCGUCACGCCGUACUUCGAACGCCCCCGCCUCAGUCAUCCGAGUAUCUGGAGCGGUACAACCCCAUCCGGUCCCCGUCGCCGCGACCGCGGAUCACACGGCCUAUUAUGACAGCAUUCAGUCCACCUAGUCGUGCCAGGGCUAGCUUGGCGGUGUCAAGGAACACAGAUAAUGCGACUGAGGACGAUGGUAGUAGUCCGACUCCGGUUCCGAAUCAGAGCACGGAGAGGCUUCUCUCGGAUGGGGCCGACUCGCCCGGCGAAGCAGGGAAGAAGAGGAACCUGCAUGCUCUACGGAAGCUGUUCAGUGGGAAGUAAGAGAGGUGGCGGCGCAAACAUGCCAGAUGCCAGAGAUGGAGUAGCACUUGGGCAAGUAUCCUUUACCACUGAUGAUAGUGCGGAAUGCGGGAAACCUUCAAGAAUAGAAUGUAUCUUCACCAAUAGAGACAUCAAUACUAGUCUCUUCAACGAUGUGGGAUCUUCCCAGUGCGUUGACAACAAAGUCCAAUGAUGAAGCACAAGUAUCCAUAAUCCAGCUGGCUGGUCCAUCGUCCCUCUCAUA